GACCGUGCGGGAGUGCGGAAGUGGUUUCUCCUUUGAGCGCAGGACCUGUAGAUGGCGGGAACCCGGCGCCGAGCUGCGGCGCCGGCGAGGACGGCGGGGACGGCUGGGCUAGGGAGCCCAGGGCGACCGCAGGGCCGGAGGCAGCAGGAGCCGGGGAAGCAGCGCUCGGCGCCACGGCCGGGGCCGCGCAGCAAAGAAAAGAAGAAAGUGAAUUGCCAGCCUAAGAACCAAGAUGAACAGGAAAUCCCUUUCCGGCUCCGAGAGAUCAUGAGGAGCCGCCAGGAGAUGAAAAACCCCAUCAGUAACAAGAAGAGGAAGAAAGAGGCCCAGGUGGCCUUCAGUAAGACAUUGGAGAAGGAAGCAAAGGGAGUGGAGCCGGACAUCGCUGUACCCAAGUUCGAGCAGAAGAAGUGGGAGUCUGACAGGGCCUAUGUGCAGCGCAUGGCGCAGCAGGCGCAGCAUGUGCUGUUCCUCAGCAAGAACCAGGCCAGCCGGCAGCCUGAGGUGCAGGCGGCUCCCAAGAAGGGGAAGUCGGACAGGAAGAAAGCGUUCCAGAAGCGACGGCUGGUUAAGGUCCAGCAGAGGAGGGAGGAAAAGGCAGCAGAAAGGCUGGAGCAGGAGCUACUCCGAGACACAGUGAAGUUUGGUGAGGUUGCCCUGCAGCCCCCAGAGCUGACUGCCAAGCCCAGGAUGAGCACAAGUAGGGAUCAGCCUGGCAAGAAAUCGCUGAUGCUGAAGAUGCUUUUAAGCCCUGGCGGUACGUCCCAGCCUCUGACCACCUCUCUGGCCAGACAGCGGAUCGUGGCGGAGGAGAGAGAGCGGGCUGUGAACGCCUACAGGGCGCUAAAGAAACUGCAGCAGCAGCGGCAGGGGGCUCAGUCACCACGGCCACCGCACCUCCGUUCUGGGAAGAAACCAAAGACACAGCUGUGAUGGUGAGGGACCAGAGACGCUGCACCUGGGUUGGGGGUAGAUGGGCAGAUGGCCUGCAGUCAAGAGUCCUCUCCCUGGCACACAUCCUGGGACUCAAGUGGGGGAGAGGGCUCCUGUUUUUUCUCCCUAAAGACUGCUGUUUCGUGAGUGACCACCCGCCGGCCCCAUGUCUCACACAGGGCGUCGUCUGUGUCCUGAGCCCCCAGAGAUGGGGCCAGUGCCUGGGUGAGAUGCAGCCAGCAUCAUUCCCUUGAGCCUAGCGUCACAUACAGCUUUGUUCUGAAACAGAGGUCCAGGCUGAGACACAACCUAGGGCCACUUUACAGAGGGCCAAUCCCAUAAUCCUGUCCCUAGAUACCAGUUAGUUGUAGACACUGCCGGUUUCGGUUAACUAAAUCCAUAAGUGAGGCUCUGCUGGAUUCGACAGAGCAGUACAGCUAGAGCGGGAGCCAGGCAGCAGGUUGGUGUGGGGAAAGGGCGGGGGUCAGCAUCUAGGCCACCUAGACCAGCUCACGGCACUGCUGUCACAGUCCUCGCAGGGCAGGUGGAGCCACCCCAGCUCAUGUUUGGGUGUGGAGACUGAGCCACCCACAUCGAGGUUUGGGGAGGCUGGGUCCUUAUGUCAUCGAGGUCUCUGGGGAGGACAGGGCAGGGCUCUCCAGCAGGUCUAGAGUGGCUUGACAGCAAGGACAGGAGCCCAGCCCAGGACUUUCUUGUGGUCAGAGGGGCCGUGUGAGUUCCUGCCAAGGGCAGGGCCCGGCGAGGUUUGAAUCUCCCACAGGUGCCAAAGGAGGGAGCACCUGGGUUUAUCAUCCUGCUCAGAUGUGGGAUACAAAUGAGAGAAUGGGGAUGGGGCUUACAGACUGUUAGCAAUUGAACAUGGAAGGACAGGGGCAGGCCACUCAUAGCCCCGUUGGAGAAGGACAGCUGCCGGGCUCCCUCACUCUCUCCAGCUUGGGCUUCUCUAGCCAGCAAAGAUGGCCUGGACAGCUCAGUCAGCGCCAGGCUUCAGUACUGACAAUCUAGAGAAUGAGUGUGGAGUUCUGUGGAAUCUGUUUUGCUCUUCCCCAAGUUGGCAUUUUAUGUAAUGAAGUUUAUUUUUUUGUUUUGUUUUUUUUGCGGUACGCGGGCCUCUCACUGUUGUGGCCUCUCCCAUUGCAAAGUUUAUUUUUGAAUUAAAAAAUUUAAGUUGUGGAAGCUCUACCUGGAAUCAGGGCUGUCACUCUUUCAGGGGUGUGUUUCUGCAUGGCGGGUGGCCCCGGCCCCCGCGUGGGAUGACCAGGCGCUGGUUGCUAUGCAGUAGCCAGGAUUUGCCCCCAUCACAUGGCAGUUGGGGCAGGCAGCACAUCUCUGGUUCAAUGUUGGCAUCCUUCUGACAAUAGGGUCCCGAGACAGGCAGGGCAGCAAGAGCAAGGGGUGAGGUGGGGUCGCUGAGAAACACCGGUGUUUCUUGGAUACAGUGCAAGUACAGUUAUGAAUGUGGCAAUGAGGAAACAGGUCGUGGUGAGGGACGUUUGCCUUUGGUCACAUGAAAUGUGAAAAUUACAUUCCCUCAGGCCCUUGUCAGAGUGCCCCUAAAACGGGUCAACUUAGCUCAGGCUGGCUUUACCAUCAGAGAUGGUGACUAGGCCAGGGGUCACCCCUCAGAGAUGGACCCACAAGCUGGGUAUCACCCCUCAGAAAUGGAGCCCACACUCGGGUCAUCCCUAGAGACAGAACCCAGGUAGGAUCAGCCAUCAAGACACUCGGCCCGGGUUAAAGGUGUUGACCUUAAGAACGGCAUAAGGUCUUUAGCCAAAAUGAGUUUAUUUGGAAUCAGAAGAAUUUCAGUUUAGGACAAGCAAACUGGCAAGUUGGAGGAGACAAACGGAAGGUCAGCUUUUAUUAGGUUUUAGGAGGAAAUUAGGAGGGCCCUGGUGGUUUUCCAUUGGCUGCAAUCAGUGGGUAGCUUGUCGCUGGGCCAGAUGGAGACCUUCCUUCCUGCUGGGUCUGUGAGCUGUGGUGAGAGAUGCAUGCUUGAGAGCCCUCCCAUCAUAGCUUCCCUACCCCAUUCUGAUUGAGCUUUCCUUUGCUCAUUUCCACAUUCCCCCCUUUAGAUGAAGAUCUUUCCUUGAGAGCAUCACUGAUCAGUUUUAGGGAAUUGUGUUUUGUCCCUCAGCACCAGGACCUUUCCUGGACGUCAUGUCUCACAUCAGAGGAAAAGGGCAUAGUGAUUGAAACCAAGUGAGCCCACAUUUGAGUAACAAAGAAGGAGGAACUCUCAGCCAUUUUCACUCUUAAAAUCUUGUCUUAUGAAGGUACAGGCAUGGGCAGUCAUCUCAAGGCAUUGAGCCAACAUCAUACUGUUCAUUGUGUCAUUUCUACAGGGGGUUGACAGGCAACAUGUACAAAGUUUAAAAAUGGGGAAUUCCCUGGCUGUCCAGUGGUUAGGGCUCUGUGCUUUCACUGCCAAAGGCCCAGGUUCAAUCCCUGGUUGGGGAACUAAGACCCCACAAGCCACGAGGUGUGGCCAAAACAAAACAAAACCAUAAAAAAUAUGCAAAGCAGAAUGAAAAAUAAUAUGACAUUUAGUUUGUAUGACGGUUCUAAACCAUGACCCUAUACCUGAAGGUAGCCAGCUGAACAAAUCAAAGGACCAGAGAGAGUCAGGUGAAAUUUGGGCUUGUGUCCUCAUUUUGUGUAAUUGAGUUUCUACUUCUCCAAAAGUGUUUAUCCAGGUAGUAUUUGCAAUCGUACAAAUGCCUCCUUGUUCAGCAAGUAGGAAAUCGAAGGCUAUGUGGUUGUCUAAAAGUAUUUUAGCCAGUGAGUCAAGUGAUAAUUGUUGGGCUGCAGAAUCAGCCAGCUCUCCUGAUAUUAGGGGGAGAUUUCCGAUCACGUUCUCAUUGGCGCUUACUCCCACCCAAGGGGGUUUUGAUGAGAACUGGCCAAAUGGCACAGACUCGUAGCACUUGACCAAAUAACGUGGGAUCCCCAAUCACUAUGAAGUUCAAGAAGCGUUCCUCUCCCAUGGGAUCUUAGCCACAGAGCAGCAGUGGCUUGUCUACGUGGAAAAGCUUCGGUCCACUGAGGAAACAUGCACAUCAUUACCAGGAAUUAUUUAUACCCAUGAGAUGGUGGGCAGCUCUGUGAAACCCACUUGGCAAACGUCGAAUGGUCCAUCAGGCAAUUUGGAGCUCCUGGGAGGGAGCAUUGUGGACAGUUUUUCUGGAUUUUAUUUUGGGAAUGUGACACCAACCCUGGAUCCAACAGCUUCCCACAAAAUGCUGCAUGAUAUUUGAUAUCAUCGGGCUUCCCUGGUGGCGCAGUGGUUAAGAAUCCGCCUGCCAAUGCAGGGGACACGGGUUUGAGCCCUGGUCCGGGAAGAUCCCACAUGCCGCGGAGCAACUAAGCCCGUGCACCAUUACUACUGAGCCUGCACUCUAGAGCCUAUGAGCCACAACUACUGAACCUGCAUGCUGCAACUACUGAAGCCUGCAAGCCUAGAUAGAGCCUAUGCUCCGCAACAAGAGAAGCCACUGCAGCGAGAAGCCCUUGCACCACAACGCAGAGUAGCCCCUGCUCGCCGCAACCAGAGAAAGCCCGUGCGCAGCAAUGAAGACCCAAUGCAGCCAAAAAUAAAACAAAUUAAAAAAUUAUUUUAAAAGUUUGAUAUCGUCAGCUGAGAAUUCAUUACUUGGAAAAGCAACAUUGAAGCCUGCACACUGGUAUUAAAAUUCACAAUGUGCAACACUUUAAACAGCAAUGUCAACCAGCCCCCUCACUUUAUUACCACCAGUCUGGUGUAAGGGCAUGAUGUGUUCACUCCUGUUGGAAGAGCACUUAAGUCCUGUGGAUUCCUGUCUUUUUUCAUGACUUGCUAAGGUUUAUUGGAAACUCCACUAUUGGAAUUGUGCUCCGAGGCACGGGCUGUUCAGUAGUAAUGGGCUUGAGCACUGAGAGUGUAGCUCCAGUAUAGAAAUUCAUUCCCAGUCUGGAGAGUUGUUUCUCUGAGCUGAGUAAGAGGGAGGCUUGGAAAAGCUCCAGAUUCCUUGGAGUCCCAUCACUGGGAAGUGGGAGGACAUUGGAAAGAUGAGUUGACUGAAGAUGCCUGGAGCGUUUUGGUUUCUAGAAGUCUUUCUUCCAAUAUCCUGGCUUCUUACAGUAAUGACGGAGGCUGGGAGGACUUUGCUUAGGGAACUCCAUCUGCUGAAGUUGGAUAUUAAGGAUUUUAAUGGUUUUUUUCUUAGUAGAAUCAUCUAGGGUGCAGGUUUGCCAAAUUAAGUCUGGAGAGGACAUAGUUUCCCAUUCUAUUGUAAUUCUCUUAACCAAGAAAGUCCUGGUUUAGCCCAUUAAUGAACACAGAGUUGAAGGCUACCCCAGUGGAUUCGACAUCCAUAGGGAGAAUACUGAAAAAUAAUUUGGAAUCGAUGUGUGAUAGUGUGCUUUAUGUAUGAAUGUAGAUGUGGUCUUCAUCUCCAUUUCUGGCACAGAGCUCUUAAAACCCUUGGAAUUUUCUUACUAGAGCAACAAAGGUGUCUCUUGUGAGGUGAAUGAAUUGGCUUUUGGAGCUCACCAAAUGAUGGGGGCUGGCUGCCAGGAGAAGCAACCUUGUGAUUAGAGGGUUAGAACCUUUCAGUUCCAAUUACCCCCUACUACCCAACCUCGGGGGAGGGGAGAGGGCCUAGAAGUUGAAUUAAUGAUUCAAUCAAUUAUAAAACCCAAAGGACAGGGUUUAGAGAGCUUCCAGGUUGGUGAACAUAUGGAGAUAUGGGGAGAGUGGUGCACUGGAAAGGGCAUGAGAGCUCUGCCCUUUCCCCAUACCUUGCGCUAUGCAUCUUCCAUCUGGCUGAGUCAUUUUCUUUUAUAACAAACUGGUGAUCUAGUAAGUAAACUGUGUCUCUGAGUCUGUGAGUCGCUCUAGCAAAUUAAUUGAACCUGAGGAGAGGUCCUGGGAACCUCUGAUUUAUAGCUGGUCGGUCAAAAACAGAGGUAACAACUCAAGCUUGUGAUUGGCCUUUGAAGGAGGUGGGGGGCAGUUUUACAGUUUUGUAAGACUGAGCUCUUAACCUGUGGAAUCUGUAUCUCGGGGUGAGUUGUGUCAGAAUUGAGUUGAGGCUCCAGAAGGACCGUCCUGCAGGGUUGCGACCCCAUCGGGCACUCGGGUAAACAAGUCUCCCUAGUGGGGAAAACUGUCCGCAACUUCUCACGUGUUUGACAUCAUUACACGCUGUCAGCAUUUACCCAGUAGAGGGAGGCGUGGUGCUGCCACGGACAACACAGCCAACCGCACAAUAGGAAGAGGACCCCAGACCACCAGGAGAAUCGUGUCCUGUGGGAGUCCUGAAAGUGCAAAAACUUGCCUGAGAAAAAUGGGAUUGGUAAAACUAAUCAACAGAAAAACUGGUCAUGCUACCAAGUUCUAGCUCAUACUGCUCGCCACAUGACAGGCCAAUUGAGAGACGAGGUGUUGGGACAAGGAAUAGCAACUUUUUUCAGAAAGCCAGCAGACUGAGAAGGUGGUGGACUAGCAUCCCAAAGAACCAUCUUCCCAAGUUAGAAUUCAGGCUUCUUUUAUACUGAAAGGAAAGGGGGUAAAAGUCCUGGUUCCAGCCAGACUCUGGACAGGAGUGUUGCUUUCCUCCUGCACCCUUUCACAGGUGCACCUGGUCAGGAUGUUUCCUGUGAGCUAAAAGAAUUUUAGCUUCGGGCUUCCCUGGUGGCGCAGUGGUUGAGAGUCCGCCUGCCGAUGCAGGGGACACGGGUUCGUGCCUUGGUCCGGGAAGAUCCCACAUGCCGCGGAGUGGGUGGGCCCGUGAGCCAUGGCCGCUGAGCCUGCACGUCUGGAGCCUGUGCUCUGCAACGGGAGAGGCCACAACAGUGAGAGGCCCACGUACCGCAAACAAAAAAAAAAAAAAGAA